GUCUGGGCCCUCCAGUUCUGCUCAUUUCGUGCCAGCCCGUUGUCGCUCGCGACGGCCCGACAGCACCUGCAAGGCGGCAGAGCGAGUGGGGCGACGGGCUGGGUACGGUACGCGGUACGCCAAGUUGUUGCCGCGACGGCAAGCGGGGACAGCGCGUGGGCGGUGUCGUCGUCGUCCUCCCGUCAGGACACCAAAAGUCAUCGCCAAAGCGGGGCGAAGGCGAGCAGAGCACGCGCGCGCACGGUGGAUCGGCCGGAAUAGAAAAUUUUCGCCUCCCCAUCCGGCCAUCCCCACCCACCUACCCACCCCUGCCCAGCCCAGCGCUCAAUCCCAAUUCCCCCCUGUCGACGCCCUGCUCCCUAGCCCGAAUGGCGGCGGAGGCCCAGACAGAAAGCCCCGGGCCCGUGCCGCCUCCGCACCCCCCGCGCGGGAGCUCCUCCUCCGCGUCUCCCGAGAAGCGCGCGCUCCCGGUCCCGGGGGACGACGGCCGCGGCGGCGGGGAGGAGGAGGAGGAGGAGGAGGAGGGGGAGCGGCGGCGGCUGCUGCACGAGCCCAAGCGGCGCCGCGCGUGCGUCGCCGCGCUCGACAGCGUCCCCUCGGCGGCCGCGGACGCGGGAGGGGCGGGUUUGCCUGGCCCGGGAGGCGACGCGGACGCCGCGCCGUCCUUCUCGUUCCAGCACGCACGGAGCGGGUUCGUGGCGCCGGAGACCACGCCCAAGUUCGGCUCCUUCAACCCGCCGGGGGAAGACGCCGAGCGGGCGGCCCUCGAUCCGAAGCCUGCAGAGCGCGGCGCCGGCGGGGAGGGUCGUUCGGUGGAGGCGGACGGCGAGGUCCCCUCGGCGCCGGGUCGUGGGCCGGAGGGCAGCGACGAAGUGGGCGGCGAGGUCGAUGGCCAGGUCCAGACAUGAACGGUGACUUGGUUUUGAACAGCCAUCGAAGUGGCUUAUUGCCUUAUUGGGGUGGACUGUCAGUUGUAGCAAGCAGAUGAGCUCAGCUGUACUCCAACUCUGCCUCCACAUUGAGGGUGUUUAUUUUCAGAAGUUCUGCACUUAUCGUA